AUUUUAGGUGAAUCUGGACUCGGUAAAUCAACAUUGGUCAACACCUUAUUCAACACACAGCUCUAUCCACCAAAAGAAAAUGUUGAAUUAUCGCACAAGACAACACAAACUGUUGAAGUUCAGUCUAUUACAUCCGAUAUUGAAGAAAACGGCGUCAAGUUGAGAUUGACAGUAGUCGAUACACCUGGGUUUGGUGAUUUUGUGAAUAACGAAGAAAGCUGGAAGCCCAUCUUGGACAAUAUUGAAGCUCGCUUUGAUGCAUAUCUUGAGCAAGAAAAUCGUGUCAAUCGUCGUCGUAUGGUUGAUAAUCGUAUUCAUGCCUGUCUUUAUUUCAUCGGCCCAACUGGUCACGCCUUGAAGCCUUUAGAUAUUGAAUUUAUGCGUCGUUUACAUACGCGUGUCAAUCUUAUUCCGGUUAUUGCUAAGGCUGAUACACUAACGGAAGAAGAGGUGGCUGCUUUUAAAGAGCGCAUCUUGGCUGAUAUUGCUUAUCACAAAAUUCAAAUAUACCAAGCACCUGUUUAUGAGUAUGACGAUCAAGAAACUAUUGCAGAGAACCGUGAAAUUAUGUCAAAGAUUCCCUUUGCUGUUGUCGGUUCAGAUAAAGAAUUCGAGGUAGAAGGGGGUCGACGUGUUCGAGGACGUAAAUAUCCUUGGGGUGUUAUUGAGGUGGAUAAUGAAGAACAUUGCGAUUUUGUUAAGCUUCGACAAAUGUUGAUUCGUACCCAUAUGGAAGAAUUAAAGGAAUAUACAAAUGAUGUCCUUUAUGAAAAUUACCGAACCGAGAAGUUAACAGCUAUGGGUAUUCAACAAGAUCCUUCUGUCUUCAAGGAAGUCAACCCUGUUCAAAAGAUGGAAGAAGAACGUAUUGCUCAUGAACAGAAAUUAGCAAAGAUGGAGGCAGAAAUGAGAUCCGUUUUCCAAGCUAAGGUGCAAGAAAAGGAGGCCAAAUUGAAACAAUCUGAGGAAGAACUAUACGCUCGUCACAAGGAAAUGAAGGAGGCAUUGGAUAAACAGCGAGCUGAUUUGGAAGAAAAGAAACGUCGUUUAGAGUCCGGUAGACCUAUGACACCUGAAAAGACAGCUAAAAAGAAGGGUUUCUCCUUCAAUAAAUAG